AAAUAUGGGAAAAAUCUUGGGCAGCUCUCGUAUACCUUUGCUUCCUCAGUUCCCAGGCUUUUCAUUUUAAACGAAUUGAAAACGAAUCGAGGGUUUCGUUUUUCAUCCGCCCAUAUCCCCAACCAGCGAUUGCAAGCGCUGAAGUCACAGUUGCCCGAUGAAUCCAUCAUCUUCGGUCUGAAAUUCCGAAAACUCUUACUCUCAGGCUUGGCAGGCAGCAUGGACUCAAACUCACAGUCUCCGCCUCAUAACAAUUUGGAUUCAAAAAACGUAUUUCGCAAGCCUUCUGGUGAUGCGGGUAGUAGGAAUUAUCGGCGUCGAUCUCCUAUUGAGGGCUCUGCAUCACCUGAUGGUAGUCCCAGGCAUGAACACAGCUCAAGUCCUAAUACAUUAAGGGAAAAUUGUUCAAAAGUCUCUCACCAUUCAAGGAAGUAUGAUGGCAGGGAACAAGACCGAACAUAUGGCAGAAAUCACUAUGGAAGAAGCAGUGAUUCUCGACAUUCUGGUAGACAGUCAUCCUGGAGUUCCUAUGGUCACUCUAGGCAUGACAAGUAUGCAGAUGAAGAUAGAUUCCGUGUGAGGCUAUCAUCUCGUUCUGGACGUGAGUCAAGGGGUGAUCAUAUAAGAGAAGAGAGUGAUAGCAAGCCAAAAGACUACCAGCGUAGUGAGGACAAGAACUCACGUGACAAAUAUGACAGGUCUGAUUAUAGAAGCAAAGAGAAAGACAAAGAAAAAUAUUUAAAGAGUCAAAAAUAUAAAGAUAUUGAUUCUUCAUAUGAAAGAUCUGGAUCUGGGAGGAGGCAUGCCGCAUAUGAUGAGGUGGAGAGGCAGACAAGGGACUUGGAUGGUCGAGAUGAAAAAAGAGAUUUCCGCAGGAGUUCUGGAGAACACAGAAGUGACCAAGCAGUGUCAUAUUCAGAGAUAAGGAGCCAAAAAGAAGACUCAAGUUCACAACGAGACAGUAGUAGUAAAUAUCAUCAAGAUGAUUAUAAGAAUGAUCAGAAGGAGUUGAAUAGUCAAAACAUUUCAUGGGAAGAAAAGAGAAAAUUUGAUGACACGGAUAUUAUUAAGAACAAGGACCGGAACUCUAGAAAAAUAGGGGAGAAGUUUGGUAUUGUAGAUAAAGAAUCUUCUGGGAAAAAAUCAAAGUUGUUUAGUGCAGACAAGGGUGUCAAUUUUGGAAAAGAUGCAGAUGAAAGGCAGACCUCAAGUUCAAAGCUUCCUCAGGAGAGCAAGGAAGAUUUAAGGGCUACCAAGACAAGUGGUAAUAACGUUGGCAGUGAUUUCGAUGCUGCAAAAGUUGCAGCCAUGAGAGCUGCUGAAUUAGUCAAUAAGAACUUAGUUGGGGCUGGUUGCUUGACUACUGACCAAAAGAAGAAAUUGCUGUGGGGUGCCAAAAAGAGCACACCUACAGAAGAGUCUGGCCAUCGCUGGGAUACAGCAAUGUUUACUGAUCGUGAGCGGCAGGAGAAAUUUAACAAACUCAUGGGUGUGAAAGGUGAAGCCAAAGUGGAGCAGAACUCCGACAAUAACAAUAGCAACGACCUCCUCCGUGCUGAGAAGCAGAAGGAACUCCAGCAGGAUUUAGAGAAACAGUACACCGCGGGUCUUCGACGUAGAGAUGGCCGUACAGUUGGAUUAGGUCUUUAAAUAUUAACUUCUUCGGGAAAAUUUGUAUCCUCCGAGCAAUGUUUGAAUAUGACCACCCCUGCUUAAGAGGUGCUCGUCUCUUGUUUGUUCAUGUUUGGGUGGGUUAUUAGACAGCACGUGUUAUUUCUAUGGAAUAUCCUUGUUAUGAUUCUUUUUUAUUUAUUUUUGUAUGAUUCAUAUUAAUCUGAUUCAGUUGAUUUCUCUUAGAAACUAGAUGUGUUGGUACCCCGAAUAUGGGAUUUGAUCAUAAUAAGCAAGGGAUUAGGUAAUGGUUAUCAUUGUAAUCAUA